UUCCAAAUUUCAUUUCACUUUCUCUCUCUAAAAACUCACAGAGAGAAUCCAUGGAAGCUAAAUCUCUCCACUUCCUGCAACUAAUUUUUUUCUCCAUUUUCCUUUCUUCAACAGCUAAUCCCACCCCUCAAGACAACUACUUCAUCAAAUGUGGAUCAACCCAAAAUCACGUAAUCGUCGAUAACAGAUAUUUCGUCGGGGAUUCAUCGCAAAAAUCAUCAGCCCAUCUCUCCCAACAAGGUGGUGAAUCGAUUUCUUUAAAUAAUCCAAACCCUCCUCCCAAUUCUUCCGCACUCCACACUUCAGCCAGAGUGUUCACUUCCGCUUCAACCUACUCGUUUCAAAUCAAUAACCCAGGCACCCAUUUUCUGCGUCUGCAUUUCUACCCCUUCAGCAACGCGAAUUACAGCCUCGGAAACGGCGAUUUCAGUGUUGCGGCGAAUGGGUUUUCCCUCCUGAGCAAUUUCGGUGCUGAUUUCAGCGGCGUUAGGGAGUUCUUGUUAAUGGCGGACGAAACAGAGCACCUCGAGAUUCUGUUUGCCCCCACUAGGGUUUCGAAUUUCGCGUUCGUGAAUGCGAUUGAAGUGUUCCUCGCGCCGAAAAAUCUCUUCUUUGGCGAAGGUGGCGUACGAUUAAUCAGCCCGGAUGGAAUAAUUCAGGAAUUCAAACAGAAUAUUCCGUCCCAAAUUAUGGAAACUAUUCAUAGGGUUAACGUUGGGGGUUCAACACUAACCCCUCUAAACGACACCGUUUGGAGGACUUGGGUUUCAGACGAAGAUUUUCUCGUCUUGAAAUCCGCUUCGAAAACAGCUGAAACGAAUAGCCCGCCGAAUUACCGACCCGGUGGCGCGACUAGAAACCACGCGCCCGAUAUUGUGUACAUGACUGCUCGAGAAAUGAAUGUGGCAAACGGGAGCUGGAGUUUAUUCAAUAUAACAUGGGAUUAUCCGGUUCCGUUUGGAGUCGACAAGCAUUUCGUUCGUCUCCAUUUUUGCGACAUUGUUAGUGUCUCGCUCGACACGUUGUACUUCAACGUGUACGUAAACGGGAUCACCGCAUACGAGAACGUGGAUUUGUCCUCGCUCGCUUUUCGCCACCUGGCAUCCCCUUGUUACGUAGAUUUUGCAGUGAAAAACACGAAAGAUUUGGGUUUUUUAAGGAUUAGCAUCGGCCCUUCCGAUCUAACUCCUUUGAGGAAAAACGCGAUCCUUAAUGGUGUGGAGAUCAUGAGGAUUAUGGAAUAUUCGCAGAGGAGGUCUAAAAAGAAGAGCAUUUCGAUUUUAGUGGUUUCAUUUGUUUGUGGUUUUCUUGCACUUAGUUUAUUUCUCGCUAUGUUGGCUUUAUCGAAGAGAAAACGAAAACGAAGAAGUGCUGCGAUUUCGGGCUGGGCUUCUCUGCGAAGCUCAUUCGCUUCUCCGGGCCCACACGGAUACUACGAUUUGAAGAUUCCCUUUGCCGAUAUACAGUUGGCUACAAACGGCUUCGACGAGAGUCUAAUAAUCGGCAGGGGCAGUUUCGGUAAUGUCUACAGAGGGGUUCUUAAAGACGACAUCAAAGUCGCCGUAAAACGAGGCUUGCCCGCAGAUUCAAGACAAGGAUUGACAUUCCAAGAAUUCCAAACCGAAAUAACUGUCCUGUCAAGAAUCCGCCACUGCCACCUCGUGUCACUCGUUGGCUUCUGCGUAGAGCAAUUCGAAUUGAUUCUUGUUUAUGAGUACAUGGAUAAGGGUCCGUUGAGAAACCACUUAUACGGUUCGAAUAAUUUCCCGCCAUUAUCGUGGAAGCAAAGGCUCGAGAUAUGCAUUAAUGCUGCUAGGGGUCUUCACUAUCUCCACACGGGGUCCGCUCAAGUGAUCAUUCACCGCGACGUAAAAUCGAGCAACAUUUUGCUCGACGAAAACUACGUGGCGAAGAUUUCCGGAUUCGGUCUUUCGAGGCCGGGCCAACUUGUGGAUGAAACCCACGUGAGCACCGACGUGAAGGGUAGUUUCGGGUAUCAAGAUCCGGAGUAUUUGCGGAGAGGAAGGGUUAGUGAGAAAUCGGAUGUGUAUUCGUUUGGGGUUGUGCUUGUGGAGGUGUUGUGUGGUAGGCCCGUUGUUGACCCGUUGGCCACGGGGGAGGAGGGGUUGAAGUUGGUGGAGUGGGCGAUGGAGUGGCGGCAGAAAGGGAUGAUCGAGCGGAUUGUGGAUUGGCGUAUUGCGGGUGAGGUGAAAACGGGGGGGUCGUUGGAGAUAUUUGCCGAGACGGCUGAGAAGUGUUUGGCGGAAUGUGGCGGUGAUAGGCCGAGUAUGGGAGACGUGUUGUGGAAUUUGGAACGGGCUUAUCAACAAAUGCAAAACGAAUGUUGAUUUCAAACAAUCUGUUGAUGUCAAACAAUCGAUGAUCUUGACCGUUAAAAAAAUAUAUUUAACUCGAACGGGUCAACCCGACCCAGUCGGAGUCAAACUAGCCGUUAGGUUCGGGUUCGAUCCGUCCGGUGGGUAUGUCUAAUUCCAUUGGUUGAACAAGUUAUGUGCCUAGGCUAUGUAUACAAAUUUUAUAGAUAUUGUGUAGUUGUAAGUAAUAAAAAUUAUAAAGGAGGGGUGAAAAGAAAUGUAAAAUAGAAGACUAGAGAUUUGUGUGUGUGACCAAUAGGCAAUCAAUUAACUACUCUCAUAUUAUACAACAAAAUGAGGGAUGGCCCUCCACUAACUUGAGCCGUCCAUGAAAACUUGCAUUUCUUUUUCUUAAAGGAAGAUUGUAUUAUCCAAAUAUAAAGUAUUUUUUUCG